CACGAGAGAACCGGGGGUCGCGCUGGGCGCCCGACGGACCCUCCCCAGGGACCCGCCUGCCCCACACCGCCCCGCCCCGCCGGGCGCUCCGCAUCAGGUUCCCCAGCCACAGCCUUACCUGCGGGCUCCCGACUCCCCCGGGCUUCCAGAGGAUGCUCAGGCCCCCAGCGGGGACCUCGGGGCAGCAGUGAGGGGGGCAUCCGGCCCCCCAUUCAGCUCCUCUCCUCCUGUGCCAGGGGCUCCCCCGGGGGGACGAGCAUGGUGGUUUUCCCUUGGAGCCCCCUGGCUUGGGACGUCUGAGAAGAUGCCUGCCAUGAGGCUGCUCACUUGCUUCGUGCAGCUCCUGGCUGGGCUGGCGCUGCCUGCUGUGCCCCCCCAGCAGUGGGCCUUGUCUGCUGGGAACAGCUCGUCAGAGGUGGAAGUGGUGCCCUUCCAGGAAGUGUGGGGCCGCAGCUACUGCCGGGCGCUGGAGAGGCUGGUGGACGUCGUGACUGAGUACCCCAGCGAGGUGGAGCACAUGUUCAGCCCGUCCUGCGUCUCCCUGCUGCGCUGCACCGGCUGCUGUGGCGAUGAGAACCUGCACUGUGUCCCCGUGGAGACGGUCAAUGUCACCAUGCAGCUCCUGAAGAUCCGCUCUGGGGACCGGCCCUCCUAUGUGGAGCUGACCUUCUCACAGCACGUGCGCUGUGAAUGCAGGCCUCUGCGGGAGAAGAUGAAGCCAGAAAGGAGGAGACCCAAGGGCAGGGGGAAGAGGAAGAGAGAGAAGCAGAGACCCACAGACUGCCACCUGUGCGGCGAUACUGUUCCCCGGAGGUAACCAGCCCCUCGGAGAAGAGAGACCCCACACGCGGCUCGUGUAUUUAUUACCGUCACACUCGGUUACCUCCCUGCUGGCACCUGCCCUCUAUUUAUUAGCCAAUUGUAUCCCUGCUGAAUGACUCGCUCCCUCCAAGAUGAGGGGCAGGGGGGGAUAGGACCCUCAGGAAUUCAGUGCCUUAAACAGAACGUGAGAGAAAGAGAGAAGGCAGCCACAGGCCUGUGUGUGCCUCAGCUUGAGAAGAAGCAAGACUUGUGGCUUUGUGAGGGGCAAGCCAGGCCCCAGAGGCCCCGGGGCUCUCUGGGGGGCUGGCAUGGGAAGGAGAGGGGGACCCACUGUCUAUUCCUGGGCCUUGGGCUCUGCUUGGACAGGCAGCCCUUGCUGCGGGAGCUCUUGGCCAGGGUGGGGCUGGAGGAGCCUCCUCUGGCCGCCAGGGCCCCAGCUGGGUGGGAAGGCAGGCAGGAAGUGGAGGGGUCCCCUGCUUCCUCCUCUUCCUGGCAGCAGCUCUGCACCCUGGAGAUCAGAAUGUUCAGCUCUGGAGAACAGUGGUUGCCUGGGGGCCUUUGCCACUCCUUGUCCCUUAUGGUCUCUCCUCCUAUCUUGCCACUGCUUGUGCUGGGACAUUGUUCUUUGUGGCUGAGGCAUCACCAUCCUGCCCCUCUCAGGGACACAGGCCAAGAGUGGGCCCCAGGCUGGACAUGGAGCGAGCUGCCCCUGCGUGGCUGUCUGACUGCCAAGCCAGAUUCUCUUGAAUAAACUAUUCUAGUCUGGAAGCAGCUUUUCCAGGGGAGUGUGUCUGCUGGACAGUGGGCAACAGCAGAAAAUGGAAGCAAGACAGAAGAAGGGAUUAUGGGCUCCAAGG